AUGUCCGAACAACAACCUGAGAAGACCGUAGCUCCCGUAGCUGAGGUCCCUGAAGUCCCUGAGAUCCCUGAGGCCCCUGAGUCGCAGCCUGUCACCACCACCGCCGCCGAGGCUCCCAAGGACACAGUCCCAGCCCCCGAGGCUCACCCCGAGACUCACUCCGAGCCCAAGGCCGAGCCUGCAGCCGAUGUCGCUGCUCCUCUGCCCGCCGUGGCGGAGGCUCCCGCUGAGGCUGAGGACACAGCUGCAGCCGAGCAGCCCGAGCCUGAGCCCGCGGCCGAGCAGCAGCCCGAGAAGCCCGCCUAUCUGGCCCAGAACCCCGCGCUGGGGCAGUUCUUCGACCGUCUCCCUGCCAUCCUCUCCGCCACGGGCCAUGAGGAGAUGUGGGGGGUAUCCCUCAAGGACUCGGACGAUGUGCCCACCGUCAACGUGCUGAUCAAGUUCCUGCGUGCGAACGAGGGAAAUGUCAAGCUGGCGGAGGAGCAGCUGACCAAGGCUCUGAAGUGGCGCCAGGAGAUGAACCCCACCGCGCUGGUUGAGUCGGCCACCUACAAUGCGGCCAAGUUCGGCGGUCUGGGCUACCUGACUACCUACAAGGAUGCCAACGGUGCGCAGACGGUGGUUACCUGGAAUAUCUAUGGGGGUGUCAAGGAUAUGAACAAGACGUUUGGUGAUAUGGAUGAAUUCGUCAAGUGGCGUGUUGCGCUCAUGGAGAUGGCCGUCAAGGAGUUGAAGAUGGCAGAGGCGACCUCCGUGAUCGAAUAUGAUGGCGAGGAUCCGUACCAGAUGCUCCAGGUGCACGAUUACCUGAACGUCAGCUUCCUGCGUCUGAACCCCGCCAUCAAGGCCGCCACCAAGAAGACCAUCGAGGUCUUCACCACCGCCUACCCGGAACUGCUGCGCGAGAAGUUCUUCGUCAACGUCCCCGCCAUCAUGGGCUGGAUGUUUGCUGCGAUGAAGGUCUUCCUGAGCAAGAACACCACGCGGAAGUUCCACCCCAUCUCGAACGGCGCCAACCUGGCUCGUGAAUUCCCUGCUUUGAAAGACCAGUUCCCCAAGGCCUACGGUGGAGGUGGCCCUGCUCUCCAGGAUGGCGCAAGAACUGUCAACCUUGUCCAGGAACCUGAGGCUGUCCCUGUCCCUGCCCCUGCCCCUGCCCCUGCCCCUGCUGCCGCUGAGCCUGCUCCUCAGGAGGAGGCCAAGGAGGAGAGCAAGGAGGAGCCUAAGGCCGAGCCUGUUGCGGAGCCUGCCAAGGCAGACGCUGCGGUCACCACUCAAGAAGCUGCUACCACCGCCGAGGCAAAGUAA